UCAGUUAAAGUAUUUCACUUUGAUCCAUUUAUUGCUGCCACGUUUCGACGCUAACUGACUCAAAACAAUUUUGGUGCACACGUGUUUUGGCUGCCAUGACGGAAUUAAAACCAAAACCAAUUGAAAUGCGGGGAAAAUGGAGGAAAUGGCCGCAACUAAAACAAAGGUGCCUGCAGGUGGCUCGACUUUUGGGAUGGAAUAUCUGAUAUCUGGCUGAAUAUCUGUCAACGAAACGAAUGCAUGUCCCCAAGGCGAUGAAAAUCAAUUUGCAAUGCAGCGUACCAGCAAAAAAGCCGAUGGCAAAAGGAAAAAUAUCUAGAGACACAUGCCAAGGCGCACAGCCUUUGCAUCUGAAUCUGAUUCUGCCUCUGCCUCUGCAUCUGCAUCUGCAUCUGAAUCUGAAUCGGAUGGAAUCAAGGAGCAGGAAUCAGCGAGCAGAAGGAAUGCCAAGCAAUGCAAAUAGCUCUAAAUGCAUUUGACGAUGCUCUGAUUUGAUUUCGAUAUCCACCCAUCCUCACUGGAUGUGGGUGUCUGUGUAGACUUUCCAUUUCUGUUCGCGAGCGUAAGUUUUUGCUCCGGGUUUUCGCCAGUUUUCCCAAAGCCAACCUGAUUAUAAUUCGAAUGCAUCGACUUCUGGCAUUGGCAAAAAUGUCAUUCGAAAGUUGGAAAACCCGAAUCUGCUGCCUGCCUGCCAGCUUCCGCUUCCGUUUAAUCAUUUUCCUUGCUGUUGUUAUGCCGUUGGCCUGAUUGCCGUCGUUCACUUAGCUGAUUGCAGUAGCUAUCAAAAAUUCGCUGCGACAACGUGUCGUAUGCGUGAUAUUAUGCCAGGUCGUGCUCAUUCGCACUUGUCUCGCUGGCAUCUUCAUUCAUAUUGUGCGCUGCACUGAGAGAAAUGUAUCAGUGGUAUUAUGAUGUGAAACCAAUUUUAGAAAAUAAGAAAAAGUGAAUGGUAUCAAUGGGAAUUCAUGAUUUGUUUCUAGUUUUACCUCUAGUAUUUUUCAUCUCAAGAUUUUUUUUGAGUGCAUCAAAUGAAAAAGAAACAAUGAAAAGUGAGGAACCUGAGGAAAAACUUUGUUAAUUUUCGAGCAGCUCACGCAAUAAAGCAAGCGCAGGCAGCGCAUCACGUGCGCAUUUAAGUUGCAAGUUACAACGGCAACGUGCCGCUUCCAAAGAUACACAGAUACCGCACACCCGGCACAAAUACACACACACACACAGCCUAGAGAUACUCACUCACACCGGGACAAAAACAGGACUAGUUAGCUCAUGUCAGUGUAAAUUUUACACACAGGCAAAACCUGAUGCCGCAUACAAAAACCCAAGGCUCUCCGCUCCUCACCUUUUUGCGGUUUAUAUUCAAGCGCGCGUGUGCAAUAAAAAGAUAUACCCAGUCGGUUAUAUACCCUGCAUAACGGAAGUCGAGGCAAGUUUUUGGCAUCCACGGCGGAUGCAGGACCAGGAGGCGCGGGGCAGGAGGCAGGUGACUCCACAACGAUUGGUGGCAGUCGGGCAGUGGGAAAACACAUAGCUGGCUGCGCUGCAUAAUCAGGCAAAGGCGACGGCGACAACGACAACAUUUAUCAAAUGAAAUGCACGUGCCAAGCGUUUGCCUGGCCCGCUUCCGUGUGGCAACCCGUUCGGAUGGGAUAAGGUCCUUCGAGGUGCCACAGCUCCGGAACUAGCUUGUGCACGAGGGGCGGCAGAGGAGUUGUGCGAAGCUGCAAUAUAUUCACGGGGUGUUUGUGAAAACUCUCGGGUCUUGACAGCACCACUAAAUCAAAUUAAACACAUGAAUUUGUUUAUGGCGAAGAUCUAAUAAUAAUAUUAAUCACAUGGGUACAAGACGUCUUAGUAAAUAUUACGUUUUAGGGGCCCCUCGAUCUGAAAGUAUAUAUUUUCUGGAUUAUAUAUGCGCAUUUAUUGUAUGAGUAUUUAUAAGCCAAAUCAGCUGCCAAGUGCAGUGCUUUGCCGUAAUUAUAAUGAGCAAACUUUCUGGCUUUAGUUUCUUUUUAGUGAAUUAAAUGAGAGAGGUGAUAUGGCUAUGGAUGGAUGGCUAAAUUGUUUGUUGUUGAAGUUUUUCGCAUUACGCAAAUACCCAACCUGAGAUUUAAAUUGCACAUUCUAAAAUCUGUCCUUAAACUAACUAACUUUUAUGAUGCAUGCGAACUCGUAAAUAACGAAAAGGGAUCAUAAAAUGUCUUUAAAACUCGAUUAUAAUCCCUUCGACAAGCUGCGACGUCUGCCUUCCUUUUUGGCGCCCCUCCAGAAAUUGCAUUCCGCUGUCGUGGCAGGAUCUGCACCUUGCAACCAAGUGGCUGCCACUGUUGCCACUGCUCCUUCAGCUGCUUAAGUGCCAUGCAUUGAGAUUGAGUUGUUUUCCUUGUAGCCACAUCCCCACUUCGCAUCGAGGCGCAUUCCACUCGAGAAAAUCGAUGAUGAUGUCUUGGGUGCUUUUGUUUUUGCAGCCGCACUGCAACUUGAAAAUGUUUUGAUAAACUAGCUCUCUGGCUAUGCAAAGAAGGGAAAAGUGCAGGAAAAGUGAAAAAGAUGACGGUAGCGGCAACUUAAAUCUGCAACAAAUGCAGCAACAAUGCCAAUUCCACAAGCAGCAGCCUUAGCAGUUGUCAAAACGUUGGGGAAUGGAGGGAACAAACUUUUGGGCCAACUGUCGAAAAACAAGCGAGAUGAAAUUGGUAAAACAAUUGUCAAUGCGUCAAUUUGAAUGGAUUCCAGAUUCAGCAGAAGAUGCAGCCUCAGAAGAUAAAAACAUCAACAAAAACAAGUGUCGAAAGUUUGGCCAAGAAACUUUACCAAAGCAAUGCACAAAAAUGGUCUAAGUAUAGUCCGAUUCGGUAUACCCAAUUUGUAUGAAAGUAGUCCUUGAACCAAAAAUCUGUAAAUACAUCGGCAAAACAGUGUGAACUAGCAACAAUUUAGAAUAUGAACUGCAUAUUUACUAUUUGCUCCCUGCUUGGCAUCUCUUUCGCUAUAGCGAUCGAGGCCAACUGUCUGCGGGGUACAGGCCACAUGUGGCAGCUGAAGCCACCCACCGGCACAAACAGUUGCAAUCGACCGUCAUCUCUGGCCCGAAAUGGAACAUCAAUGGGAAAACCAGCAACGUCUGCAGUCGACAUUGCAGUAGCUACAAUGGGAGCACCCGGUCCGGAGGUUGGAGCAACCUUAGCUGCCCCUCCUGCGGUGUUUCUGGCCAACUACGUCUAUGAGUGCGCCAGUCGUCGCACUGCAAGCACUUGCAGCAGACCACCAGGGUCGGAGCCGGAAUCGAAGCCGGAACUCGAAUCCGGACCGGAGGUGCCUAAGCCCCGAACUGUGACACUGGCAGCCGGCGAACUGGAAGGGUUUGGGCCAACUGAGUGAAAGGGGUUUUGCAUGCGAUUAGACCAGCUGACGGGACGGGUGAUGUUAGCCCGAUUUAUACAUAUAUACACUGACAUAUAUUUCGUACGGCAAUAAAGUUAGCCAAACCAAUCCCACUUAUCUUA